ACUUUGGAUUCUUUCACUUCUUGUUUCUUCCAUCUUUCUCUGCAUGAGCUUUUGCUCCUCUCUCAAUUCCGACGGUUUAUCUCUACUAGCUCUAAAAUCCGCCGUCGAUAACGACCCGACCCGUGUGAUGACCCACUGGUCUGAAUCCGACCCGACUCCUUGUCAUUGGUCCGGAAUCGUCUGCACAAACGGCCGAGUCAUUUCACUUGUACUCUUCGGAAAAAGUCUCUCCGGUUACAUUCCAUCAGAACUCGGUUUACUCAACUCACUUAACCGGCUUGAUCUAGCUCACAACAAUUUCUCCAAAACCGUACCGGUUCGUCUCUUCGAAGCAACCAAGCUCCGGUACAUCGAUCUCUCUCACAACUCACUCUCCGGCCCAAUUCCGGCCCAAAUCAAGUCCAUGAAAUCACUCAACCACCUUGAUAUCUCCUCCAAUCAUCUCAACGGGUCACUCCCUGAGUCACUCACUGAACUCGAAAGCCUCGUCGGAACCUUAAAUCUCUCUUUUAACCAAUUCACCGGCGAGAUUCCACCGUCGUACGGUCGAUUUCCGGUUCACGUCAGUUUAGAUUUCAGUCACAACAAUCUUACCGGGAAAGUACCUCAGGUGGGAUCUCUGUUGAACCAAGGACCAAACGCAUUCGCCGGAAACUCUCAUCUCUGUGGCUUUCCAUUGCAAACACCGUGUGAAGAAAUCGAAACCCCUAAUUUCGUCACUGCAAAGCCGGAAGGAACUCAAGAACUCCAGAAACCAAACCCUAGUGUAAUCAGCAAUGACGACGCAAAGCAGAAGAAGCAGCAGAUCACCGGAUCAGUAACAGUUUCUCUGAUUUCUGGAGUUUCGGUUGUAAUCGGAGCUGUUUCUGUCUCGGUAUGGCUGAUCCGGAGAAAACGAAGCUCCAACGGGUACAAAACGGAGACGAAGACGACGACGGUGAGCUCAGAGUUUGACGAAGAAGGGCAAGAAGGUAAAUUCGUAGCGUUUGAUGAAGGAUUCGAGCUCGAGCUUGAGGAUUUGCUGAGGGCAUCGGCUUACGUGAUAGGCAAGAGCAGAAGUGGGAUUGUGUACAGAGUAGUGGCGGCGGAAUCGUCCUCCACCGUUGUCGCCGUUAGAAGGCUCAACGACGGCAAUGCCACGUGGCGUUUUAAGGAUUUUGUUAAUGAAGUUGAGAGCAUUGGUAGGAUCAAUCACCCUAACAUCGUACGGCUAAGAGCUUACUAUUAUGCAGAGGACGAGAAGCUUCUCAUCACUGAUUUCAUUAGCAAUGGCAGCUUGUACUCUGCCUUACAUGGUGGACCUUUGAAUACUCGUCCUACACUCUCUUGGGCUGAGAGGUUAUGUAUAGCUCAAGGGACUGCUCGAGGAUUUGGUCUCACACAUCUGGUUUCCGGUUAUCCCAAAGUUGAUGAUCAUUCACUAUCAACCAAAACGCAAAGCAAAGACCAAGCAUUUGCCACAAGGCUCUCAGUCUCAGCUCCUGCAGCUGCUUACCUUGCACCCGAAGCCCGAGUUUCAUCUGGUUGCAAAUCAUCUCAGAAAUGCGAUGUUUAUUCAUUUGGGGUGAUUCUAUUCGAGUUGUUGACUGGUCGAUUACCUAAUGGUUCCUCUGAAAACGAAGGAGAAGAACUCGUGAAUGUUUUGAGGAAGUGGCACAAGGAAGAGAGAUCUUUGGCUGAGAUCUUAGACCCAAAGCUUCUGAAACACGAUUUUGCGGAUAAGCAGGUUACUGCAACCAUUCAUGUCGCUUUGAACUGCACGGAAAUGGAUCCAGAUAUGCGUCCUAGGAUGAGAUCUGUGUCUGAAAUUCUAGGUCGGAUCAAAUAGGAAUAAACCUCUUCUUAAAGAGCCGGGAAUAAUUAGUUGUGUAUCAAUGUAUGUGUUAGUCUCAGGCUAAGUGGAGUUUUGUAGUUUCUAUGGCGAGUUUAAAUGAAUGGUUUAGGGUUUAUUUCCGGAUCAAGUGUCUGUCUCUGUUUAUUAUCAUCACAUGUUCCUUGUAUCGUAAGGAAGAGAGUUUGGUUGUGCUCAAGGGCUCCUUCUGUCUCGUCUUCUAGAAUCUUAUACAGAUAAUAUUAAUAAGGAAAUUAUGAUAAA